AUGAUUGUAUUUUUUCAGACAACAAUCGCAGGACCGAAAAAAAACGAUGACUUAGAUCAGUUAGCUCGCUUGAACGAGAAACUUUUGGAGCGAUCCAGAGGAAGACGAACGGAUUACAAACUCAUCGAUUCAGAAAUCGUGAAAACUGCUCCUGAGCCCAUUCCUGUCCCUGUCAAGGAGCAAGUACGUGACCUGCUCGAGUCUCGAAUUUCAAAUGAUACAUCUGUAAAUUCAACUAUUCAACAACAAGAUCGUUCCGGUUACGUUACGGAUGCUUCUUCAGCUACUUGGCAAUUUUCUUCUCAUUCAUUUUCGCCUCGUUCCGUUGUUUCCGUGAACGGUGCCACAGGUGCUAGAGAUGGUCUUCUCAAGGUACGUACUGAUUUGUCGCCAGGAUUAUCACGUAACCUUUCACGUUCAAAUGCUGCCGUACAAACUGCGCAUAUGGAGAGUGAGAAACAACAUUGGCCAUAUAUGCCGGCACGUUUGGGACCUGUAACAGAUUCAGCGCAGUCCACAAUGACUCGUGAAUUCAACGAGAAUUUCGAGAGGCGCAUUGAACGUUAUGCUUCGUUGCCAGCACUGAGUAGUGGUGACACACGUGGAACGCUAAUUAAGAUUAAGGAUGACAAACCUCGCGGUAUAAUGAAACGUCGAGAAUUGGAAACAAAAGAUCAAAUGAUGUAUGCCGAGGAGCCGAGACAAAUUGCUCGAACUGAUCGUUGGGAUGAAAGACAGAUUAUGUCCGCGAAACCGAAAGUAACGGAAACAGUGAAAAGAAUUGAGGAGCACAAGCGGAUUGAAGAAAUUGAACGACGUGUGCAGCGUAAAGAGAAAAAGGAGAAGAAGCAUCGUAGUACACAUCGAAGCUAUCAUCACGAUACGAAUGGGAAUCGUGAAGCGUACGCUCAAAGAGGCUAUGCAGAGGGAGGUUAUAACAGCUCAUUAUCACGACAAAAUGGUUAUUUGCCUAGUCAUGAAAGUUACAUGCGAUCUGUGGUUACUCGUCGAGAAAAAGAUAAGCGAAAUUAUGACGAAGGGCGUCUAACGACAAAUGGAAGCUUGUUGAAUGGACGUUAUGGAGGGUCAUCGCUGUCUGAUAGUCUGAGACGUGGUGAAUUACGCUAUAAUCCCAAUGGAGACAUUCGAGAGGUGCAUCACAAUUCAUCUGCUCGGAAUGGACGAAUUCACAAAAGCGAUGUGCACGAUUCUGGUUCAGCUAUGAACAACUACGACAGUGAUUACUAUCGUUCAUCAUCUUAUCGGCAGCCGACCGGUGCACCUUUCAUAGAAUUUCCGCCAACAUUACCUCGAGAUCGCGAUGCACCGAUGCCACCACCACACCGCACCCGCGUGCCAUCUGAUGAUUUCUAUCGUCCGAUUAUUAAAAGCCGAAGCUAUGCUGACUGGGAUGAAGGCAAAGGAUUUACACAAUCAGUCAGGCGACGUGAUGAAGAUAUGGCACGCUUGGAAAAUGAGUUUCGUGAUUCAUUGCUUAUGCCUUUGCCAAAUAUGCCAAUUAAUGCUGGUAAUAUGUAUGAACGUGAUCAUCGUCAUGAACAGAUACCUGGUGGCUACGAAACUUACGACAAAGAAAUUAAGAGUAAUAGUGGUCGUCGCAUCAAUAAAGAUGGAAAUCCAACUCAUUUCAAUGAACAAUCGCAAGAAUACAGCUAUAAACGAGAAAUAGAAUCAGAUCGCAGACGUUAACA